CUGUAUCCAGCGGCACCGCAGAGUGCAUCACUUCUCACUUGUUAGUCGAGAGGAAGAGUAACCGGUGCUGAUUCACUCUCGCUGCCACUAUUAAAAGAGUGAGAGGAGGACUUAACGCAACCUCACUUCAAAUCAUUUUCCUUCCAUUUCUCUCUGGUUCUGCGCCUUAGGGUUUGCGUUCUGUGCUUGCUGUGAGUUUCUGUCACUGAUUUUCCGGAGAUGGAUUCUUUUGGGACCAAUGGAAAUGAGACCGAGGAUUCCUUGCCUCCACCUCCUCCACCUCCCGUGGUGCCAUCUGAUGUUGUACCUGUCAAAGCUGAACCGGAGAAGAAGAAGCCUUUGAGGCUUCCAAUGGCGAGGCGUGGCUUAGCUUCAAAAGGAAUGAAGAUGCAACUUCUUACUAAUCACUUCAAAGUGAACGUUGGAAACACUGAUGGAUACUUCUAUCAGUAUAGUGUGUCUCUUACUUAUGAAGAUGGCCGGCCUGUGGAGGGUAAGGGCGUAGGGAGGAAAGUGCUGGACAGGGUGCAGGAAACUUAUGAUUCUGAAUUGAAUGGGAAGGAUUUUGCUUAUGAUGGUGAGAAGACUUUGUUUACACUAGGUUCUCUGGAUCGCAACAAGCUUGAGUUUACUGUGGUGUUGGAGGAUGUUACUUCUAGCAGAAAUAAUGGAAACUGCAGCCCUGAUGGAAAUGGAGAACCAAAUGAAUUUGACAAGAAGAGGAUGAGACGCCCUAAUAGAGCAAAGACAUAUAAUGUUGAGCUGAGCUUUGCUUCCAAAAUUCCAUUGCAGGCAAUUGCCAGUGCCCUACGGGGGCAGGAAUCAGAAAAUUUUCAAGAAGCAAUCAGAGUGCUUGAUAUCAUUUUGAGGCAACAUGCUGCUAAACAAGGCUGUUUGCUUGUGCGGCAAUCAUUUUUUCACAAUGAUGCUAAGAAUUAUGCUGACGUAGGAGGAGGUGUACUGGGUUGUAGGGGAUUUCAUUCUAGUUUUAGAACAACUCAGAGUGGCUUGUCUCUCAACAUAGAUGUGUCAACCACUAUGGUAAUUAGCCCUGGGCCUGUGGUGGAUUUUCUCAUUUCCAAUCAGAAUGUUAGAGAUCCAUAUUCUCUUGACUGGGCAAAGGCCAAGAGGACACUGAAAAAUUUGAGGAUUAAAACUAGUCCAUCUAAUCAAGAAUUCAAAAUCACUGGGCUCAGUGAACUUCCUUGCAAAGAGCAAUUGUUUACAUUGAAGAAAAAAGCUGGAGCGGAUGGUGAUGAUGCCACUGAGGAAGUUACCGUAUUGGAUUAUUUUGUCAAUCAUCGCAAGAUAGAUCUCCGUUACUCUGCUGAACUUCCAUGCAUCAACGUUGGAAAGCCAAAACGGCCAACUUAUUUCCCCAUUGAGCUUUGCUCUUUGGUAUCCCUUCAACGCUAUACAAAAGCGCUAUCCACUCUUCAGAGGUCUUCAUUGGUGGAGAAGUCUAGGCAGAAGCCACAGGAGAGGAUGAGGGUGUUGUCUGAUGCUCUUAAAACUAGCAAUUAUGGCGCUGAACCUAUGCUUCGCAAUUGUGGGAUUACUAUAAACUCUGGCUUUACAGAAGUUGAGGGUCGUGUUCUCCAAGCUCCAAGGUUGAAGUUUGGUAACGGGGAAGACUUCAACCCAAGAAAUGGCAGGUGGAACUUCAAUAAUAAGAAAAUUGUUAAACCAACUAAAAUUGAAAGAUGGGCUGUGGUUAACUUUUCUGCACGCUGUGAUGUACGUGGGCUUGUGAGGGAUCUCAUUAAGUGUGGUUCGAUGAAAGGAAUUGUGAUUGAUCAGCCUUUUGAUGUAUUUGAAGAAAAUGGUCAGUUUAGGCGUGCACCUCCCCUGGUUAGAGUUGAGAAGAUGUUUGAGUUUAUUCAGUCUAAACUUCCCGGUGCUCCUCAGUUUCUUCUUUGUCUUCUUCCUGAAAGGAAAAAUUCUGAUCUUUAUGGUCCGUGGAAGAAGAAGAAUCUGGCUGAUUUUGGGAUUGUUACUCAGUGUAUAGCUCCAACUAGGGUCAAUGAUCAGUAUUUAACUAAUGUUUUGUUGAAAAUCAAUGCUAAGCUGGGUGGCCUGAAUUCAAUGUUGGGUGUUGAGCAUUCUCCUUCUAUUCCUCUGGUUUCCAGAACUCCUACUAUUAUCAUUGGCAUGGAUGUGUCUCAUGGCUCGCCAGGCCAAACAGAUAUUCCUUCAAUUGCAGCGGUGGUUAGCUCUCGAGAAUGGCCUCUAAUAUCAAAGUAUAGGGCGUGCGUCCGUACCCAGUCUCCAAAGGUUGAAAUGAUUGAUAAUUUAUUCAAGAAAGUGUCUGAAAAGGAGGAUGAUGGAAUAAUGAGGGAACUUCUACUUGACUUCUAUACUAGUUCUGGGAACAGGAAGCCUGAAAAUAUAAUCAUCUUCAGGGAUGGUGUUAGUGAGUCGCAGUUCAAUCAAGUUUUAAAUAAGGAACUUGAUCAAAUUAUUGAGGCAUGUAAAUUUCUUGAUGAAAAAUGGAAUCCCAAAUUCUUGGUGAUUGUUGCUCAAAAGAAUCAUCAUACUAAAUUCUUCCAGCCUGGGUCUCCUGACAAUGUUCCCCCUGGAACUGUAAUUGAUAAUAAAAUUUGCCAUCCUCGGAAUUACGAUUUCUAUAUGUGUGCACAUGCUGGAAUGAUAGGUACUAGCAGGCCUACACAUUAUCAUGUUCUGUUAGAUGAGAUUGGUUUUUCUCCCGAUGAUCUACAGGAGCUUGUGCAUUCCUUAUCAUAUGUGUAUCAGAGGAGCACUACUGCCAUUUCUGUUGUUGCUCCAAUAUGCUAUGCUCACUUGGCUGCAACUCAGAUGGGCCAGUUUAUGAAAUUUGAGGAUAAAUCGGAGACGUCUUCGAGUCAUGGUGGUCAGGGUCAGGCUGCACCUCCAGUCCCUCAGUUGCCUAGGUUGCAGGAAAAUGUGUCCAGCUCAAUGUUCUUUUGUUGAGGCGUGUUUAGCUGUUCUACUUAUCCUCGUUAAACAAUGCUGUUUAUAAUAUUAAGUAGCAAUCUAGUUUUUUGUGGAGGACUCGGUUUAAGUAGACGUAAACAACAGGCGCCAUAGGUUGUUGAAAAGCAUUUUGCUCUCGCCUUUUACAUGUUUUUAGUUUUAGUAUUUUGAAUACUGUUAAAAUCUCCUCUUUUGAAGAUUGUUAAAAGGUAUAUGCUUUUCGUAUGGCUUCUGUUUUAGGUUUAGCGGUUUGUGGGAAUGUUUUGCUGGUUUGUAAAUGCACAGCACUGCUCUUACAAAAAGCUCGUUUGUGAUCUACGGUUGUUAUUA